GGGGAGCGUGACGCUACGAGCCGCACGAUUGGCCAUCGGACGGUGACGAACGCUCGAAAACUGCGCGGCCUUUGCAGUUCGAACGACGACGAGCUUUGCUUCUUCGUCGUCGUCGUCGUCGUGCUCCGUGGGCAGGGAUCGCUCGUGUGCUUGAGCGAAGAGCCACUCUCUCUCGACUGGGAGGGUGUUGUGCUUCGCGGUUUGGUUUGCGGGGAGUGCAGUCGGCGAAUUGGAGGGGGUUUCGCGUUCGCUGCUGGGGAUGGCGAGUUCGGGAGGAGGAGGCGGGGCAGGAGGAGGGGGCGGUGGGGGAGGGGGAAAUGCGGGGGAUAAUCCCAUCAGGCGUUUCAGGUUGCAGCGUGAGAGUGAGCUGCGAAUUGAGGUCGGAUGGGAGGGGUCCUUGAAAGUGCAGCUUCUUUCUGGAUCUGCGGAGAUUUUCGGGACUGAGCUUCCUCCUGCUGUUUGGAUGACAUUUCCUCCGGCGCACAAAAUCGCGAUUUUCACUUGGAGCGGUGCUACUGUGGAGCUGGAUGGAGUUUCGGAGGUAGCCUACAUUGCGGACGAGACUCCUAUGGUAAGCUAUGUGAACGUCCAUGCUGUUUUGGACAAUCGUCGAAUCAAAGCACGUGAGGCCGGUACCAACUCUACCCCUCCGGCUGGUUCCCAACGAACCGAAAGUAAUGCUGCUCCUGGCCAGGGUCCAAGAGUCAUAGUGGUAGGACCAACAGAUUCGGGUAAAAGCAGUUUGACAAGGAUGUUACUUGGCUGGGCAGCAAGAAAAUCUUGGAAACCUACUUAUGUAGAACUUGACAUAGGACAAGGUUCCAUCACAAUCCCAGGCACAAUUGCUGCAACACCGAUAGAAAUGCCCGUUGAUCCUAUAGAGGGAGUACCCCUUGAAGUACCACUGGUGUAUUUCUACGGACACACAACACCCAGUGUAAAUACAGACUUGUAUCGAGCUUUGGUGAAGGAGCUUGCACGGACUUUGGAAUUGCAGUUUGCGGCCAAUGCGGACGCUCGAGCAGCCGGCAUGGUGAUAAACACCAUGGGCUGGGUCGAGGGUAUUGGUUAUGAGUUGCUUUUGCACGCUAUCAACACCUUCAAUGCUGAUGUUGUUCUCGUUCUGGGACAGGAAAAGCUGUACAGCAUGUUGAAGGACGUUUUGAAGGACAGGUCCGGUGUCGAAAUCGUAAAGUUGUACAAAUCUGGAGGUGUUGUUAACAGAAACAGCAAGUACAGGUCUCGAACAAGGGUCUUGAAAACCAAGGAAUAUUUUUAUGGGCCAGCUAAUGAUCUUUCACCCCACGCAUCCGUCUCCAACUUCAGUGAUCUGCAAGUCUUUAGAAUAGGGGGAGGACCUCAGGCUCCGAGGUCGGCACUACCCAUCGGUGCAGAACCAACUGCAGAUCCAACGCGUGUUGUACCUGUGUCCAUUAGUAGGGAUCUCAUGCAUGCAGUUUUAGCUGUUUCAUAUGCUAAGGAUCCCGAGCAUCUACUGGGAAGUAAUAUUGCUGGGUUUAUUUACGUCACCGAUGUAGAUAUCCCGAGGAGAAAAAUAACCUUCGUUGCACCUUGUCCUGGGCCACUUCCAAGUAAUUUGUUGCUCGCGGGUUCACUAGCAUGGGUUGAAUGAGUUAAGAGAACAUUCUUAUUCAGAGCUGAAUCUGCUGAUUCUUGGAACAAGUUCGACACGAAGUACUUAUCGUUCACGUAUCAUGUUUAUUGAUCAUAUCACCUGGUUUUGUAAUUUGACGCUGUUCUCAAACCAGGAGAUUUGACGGAUUCAAGCACACAUUUGAGCUGAAGGGUCUCGCCUUGAGGCUCAAAUUUUUGAAGGUUUAGGACAGAGCACUAAGGUUUUACCUUUGAGCCCAUAUCGAAGCUAUUGGCUGGAAGAUUCAGUCAUUCUUGUAAAUUGUGCCACUGUGGAGUGGCGUAGUUUCUUUUGUUGGAAUGUUCUCUGCAUUGUCAAUCGUACAUGUCAUCAGUUGAGAGACAUUCCAGGCUCUUUGAUUCUCUUAGCGGGGGAACAACUCUUCUGAAACUUGUGCAAAGUCUUAAAGCUUCAACCUAUAAAGAGAUGCACAAAUUUCCAUCCA